AUGGCAGAACCAACCGCCUUCGCAAAAGCGACAAAAGCUAUCCGAAGCACCAUAGGUCUGCCUAUCGCACUGGCGAACUGGAUCGCGCGCGAACCUCUCAUUACUGGCCCCUUACUCUGGGCUUUGACCCGUGGCCCACCAGAGCUCCGCGAGCGCCUCCUCCAGCCAUUCCGCUCGAACUUGCUAGCUAGGGACGCAAAUGUGCGACUUGGAAAGUUCAUUACCGCCUUGAAGAUUUGCGUGGCGCUGGGUACAGUCAAAAGAAUAAAUCGAGCGCUCGAUGCGUUGGCUUUGAACGCAUGGUAUCUGCCAGGAAUGAAGCCUAUGGCGAAGUGGAGGUGGGACGGUAGAACGGAGGUCGUGGUCAUCACUGGUGGUUGCAGUGGGUUUGGGUAUGAGAUGGUGAAAAGGUUUGCGGGAAAGGCGAAAAUUGUGAUCAUUGACAUUAUGGCACUGCCAGCUGAACUUGAGAAAUUACUAAUCAACAAUGCUGGAAUUGGCGGCGACUUCAACAUGGUUCGACAUAGUCACACCAAAACCGAUAAUGGUCUGAUCGGAGACGGAAGGACCAUUCUCGAUACAUCCACAGAGUUUGCGAGUCGAAUCAUGGCUGUCAAUCUGACGAGUCAUUUCGUGUUGAUACGGGAGUUCUUACCGGGCAUGCUUGAUGCAAAGAAAGGUCAUGUUGUGGGUAUUGCCAGUAUGGCCUCCUUCGUGUCGGCUCCAGGAAUGGUAGAUUAUUGUGUCACCAAAGUUGGCGUUCUUGCUUUGCACGAAGGUCUCCGAAACGAACUGCUAAGCAGAUACGAGAAUGGGUACUGCAUUGCUACGACAUCAGUACAUCCCUCCUGGCACGCGACCGGGAUCAUCAAGGGUUUGGAAGACAACUUGGCCAAUCACGGCAUCGUCGUCGACCCGCCUUCCAACGUGGCUGAGGCAGUCUUUGAUCAAGUCCUGGCUCACCGAAGUGGGCAGAUAUUCAUGCCCCGAAGUGCUGAAGGUGAGUCCGGCAUGAGACGCAUGCCGAUCUGGGUGCAGGAUGUGCUGUUGGGCAAUGUCCAACUCAAUCCCUUCAGUCGCAAGAAGUCCAUCUCCGAAUAG